CAGCGACUACAGAAGUGAACCUGAGAGCACCGAAGAUCAACAUGAGUCUGACCCUAUAAGAAACUGAAGGGUCGAUGAUUAUGUGAGCUGCAGGAAUCCAAUGGAACUGUUUUCUGACAGGAAGCAGCUUACAGACCUUAGGCAGCACUUGGGAUGCAGAGGGAACUUGCCUGUUUGAUUCACUUGAGACUUAGAUCCAUGGAAUCAGAUGAACCACAAGGCGAAGUCUACAGUCUUUACUUGCUUAUUGGAAUUCACUUUUAACUUGUCAGACAGUGGACUGGAAGUGUUGGUAUAAUGGAACAUUGUUGUCAGUUAUGUGAAGUAUUUAGUAGAGCCGACUGUAUGCAGAUGAUUGACAGGUGCUGGAAAAUGUGUAAAUAACAUGCCAAAUGUAUAUCGGAUUGCUGUGAAAAGGAGACCAAAACUGACACUUUAGAUAACAGGUUUUAAAAAAAACAAUUUUCAAAGAGCAGAGGACUUGUCGACUCAAUGAAGCAAGGUGGUUCUAGACAGAACCGGCCCCUCUCCCCGGGCCUUGAUCAGUCAUGGGCUGCAAUUACGAGGAGUACCACACAUCUCCGUCUCAACUCGUUGGACUUCUCUGAUCUCUGGGACGAGGAAGACCUGGAGCUGGAUAGUUCUGAGGAUGAUGGAGGACUGCCAGGGGAAAGUAUCCAUGAGACAGAUGAGGAAAUUCAUUCUUUAGCGUCCGAUCCUCCUCUACCACCCAUUGCCCCUCCUCUACCUCCAGCCAUCCUGCUUUCUUGCCCCAGCCCUGCUAAGGGCCGAACGCUGAGGCUCCACUGGAAGGAGCUACAGGACCUCCCUUUGCUGCCCAGGGUGACUCGUUUUGGUGCUCAAACCAUUUGGGCAGGGCUGGAACCAGUUCACCUGGACACCAACAGGCUGAAGUACCUGUUUGAAAGCAAAACCAACAGCACCAUCAGAACUAUCCUGAAGGGACAUCAGAAACAGACAUGCAUCUCGCUGUUAGGAGUGAAACGAAGCAACAUCAUCACCAUUGCCCUGAGCAGCCUUCCCGCUCCUCACCUCCUGCCCCCUGCCAUAGUCAGCAUGGACUGCUGUGUGUUGGACAGAGAGGACCUGCAGAAGUUGCAGGCCCUAGUCCCAAGUGAAGAGGAGUUGUGCAUGAUCAGGGAGGCCAAAUCCCAGUCUCCACACUCUCCUCUGGGUCCUGCUGAGUACUGCCUUCUUACACUGGGCAGCAUCCCUCACCUGAGUGAGAGGCUUCAGCUUUGGGCUUUCACGAUGGAUUACGACAGCCUAGAAGGAGAAAUAGCUGAGCCUCUCUACAAGCUAAAGCUGGCCAUGGAACAGUUAGCAUCCAAUCAUACUUUCCGGUGUAUUUUAGCGACAGUGCUAGCCAUUGGCAACUUUCUCAACGGAUGUAAGGCUCGUGGUUUUGAGUUGAGCUACUUGAGUAAGCUGUCCCAGGUUAGGGACACACACAGCCGCCAGCCGCUGCUGCACCAUGUUUGUGUGUUACUGCUGCAGCUAUACCCCCAGUCCACAGACCUGUACUCUGACAUCACUGCUGUUACAUGCGUUAGCAAGUGUGACUAUAUACAGGUCCAGACCAAUCUUACCCAACUAGAAUCUCACUGUAAGACAUCCUGGGAGCAAUUGCAAGUGCUGCAACGAGAUGCGGAGCGGGGAUCCUGUGGCGGUGGGGCAGAAAUUGCCCUCAGAAAGCAAAUCCCCAGCUUCCUGAAAGAAUGUGAGGAGAGGCUCAGUGUUCUGAGGGCUGUCCAUCGCAGAGUCAUUAACAGGUUCCACUCAUUCCUAUUGUUCCUGGGAUACCCGCGUGCUUCUGUGAAGGAGACUGCUCCUGAGGACUUCUGCAAAACGGUCAGUGACUUUGCCCUGGAAUAUCGGACUACUCGCCAGGCGAUCUUACAGCAGCGUGAGAGAGAGAAGGAGAGGCAAGGACAGAAGGUCACUACUACCCCAAGUGAAACCACUUCACAGGAGUAUCUGGAGCACUACAGGCUGCAGGAGGUCCUGAAAACACCUGAACCUGUGAGACGUGUUGAUCCCGCUCUUCCUCGACACCGAAGCAAGAGGGCCAAUACGCCAGGCUUGUCAUUUCAUAGACUGAAGUGGUGAGGAGUGACAAAUGUCCAGCUGUCCCCAAGUCUUGGUUUCUCAGAGCUCCAGCAGAAUCAAAUGGAAGAAAAGAAGAAUCAUCCAGGGCAAAUGAUGUCCACUGGGAUAAUAGGCAGGUUGAGAACUGUGCACUGUGAAACCCAUCUCCGUGGAGCAAACACUAGGUCCAUGCGGAAUGCCUCCAACAGUGCGUUGCCUGGAGGCUUGGGUGGGUGCGCUCAUAGUUUAUUUCGUGAGGGACACUGCGAAAUCCUUGAAACACCAACAUGCGUGCUGCUGAUUGUUCAAAAAAGCAUGUAACAAUCCUCAUGACACUCUUCUCAUCUUCCAUGAACCUCUGCAACUUAAAACAGAAAUACUUAUACAUACCAAAUACAUAUCAAUGCGCAUACCUACAGCAUUAACAUGAUCAAACAGGUAGGCAAACUUAGUUACACAAACACAUACAGUAAGAUACAUGGGGGGAUAACAAUAUCCACACACUUUUCACUAUAGAAUAGCCAAAGUUAGUUUAGAUAGGUACUGUUCACCAAA